UAAGUUCAGUUACUUGUUGCGGGCUGUACGUUUCGCAUGUGUCACCGGAGUAAGGUCCAUCGUAAAAGAGAAAACUUAAUUAAGUGCGAUUGUUAUCCUUCCGAUUAAGGAUUAAUUAAUUAUGUCGACGACAAUUAAGGAAGCGGGAACGACGACAAUGGAUCCAUUGCCGUCGACUGAUUCAACGUCAACGGUGGCCAAUGCGAUUACUCAGACAGUCCAGUUCAUAAUUAGCAGCACAACAUCAACACCAAAGCCACCAAGUAGUUCCCACAGCAUCGCCAGUACUGCCUCACUAACCACGAUGCCAACGACAGCAGCAGCAACAACAGCAGCAACUACUGCAGAGCUAGCAUCAGCAGCAACCACAGCAGCUACAACAACAGCAACAGCAGCAAUAGGCAUUGAGAAGCUCAGCGUGAGCGAUUUAAGCACAGCUCUGCAACAUUUUGGAAUUGUUGAUUAUAUUGUUUUCAUUGCCAUGUUGGUGGUCUGUGCCGUAAUUGGCUUCUAUUUCGGAUUCAUCGAAAAGAAACAGAAAAAGGAAAAGGGCCAAGUGCCCACCGAUGAGAAGGAUGGCGAUGGCGCUGGCGCUGCUGGCAACGAGGAGCGUCGCGGUUCGGAAGCAUUGGAUUACUUGGUUGGUGGACGGAAAAUGAAAGUGUUUCCGGUCGCGCUGUCACUGGUGGCUAGUUUUGUUUCGGGCAUUUCUUUGCUGGGCACAUCAACGGAGAUCUACGUCUACGGUACCCAAUAUGCAUUCAUACUCAUCACGCUGGCCAUAUCGGGAUUGAUAUCGUGGUACAUCUUUUUGCCCGUUUUCUGCAAUCUGCAGUUGACAUCCAGCUAUGAGUACUUUGAGAGACGUUUCAGCCGGCGUAUGCGUUUAUUUGGUGCCUCCCUUUUCGUCCUCAAGGCGAUCAUCUGGCUGCCGAUUGCCGUUUAUGUGCCAGCUCUGACCUUUAACCAAGUCAGCGGAAUUGGUGUUCACACCAUUACGCCGAUUGUGAUUAUCAUCUGUACUUUUUACACCACGGUCGGUGGUAUCAAGGGAGUAGUCUGGACGGAUGUUGUGCAAAGUACUAUUAUGUAUGGCUCUCUGAUAGUUAUUAUGGUCAAGGGAACGAUGGAUCUGGGUGGCAUUGAUGUUGUCUGGCAGCGAAAUUCGGAUGGUGGUCGUCUCAAUGCACCCGAAUGGACUUUGGAUCCCACAGUGCGCUUGAGCGUUUUUUCAGUGUUUGUGGGCGGCACAUUGUUCAAGCUGCAGAGCACGUCCAUUAAUCAGGCCACCAUACAGCGCUUCAUGUCCUUGCCUUCGCUUAAGGAAAUCAAACAUACGCUUUACAUCUUUAGCAUUGGUCUGACCCUUCUUUAUUUGGGGUGUGUUUAUGUGGGUCUUGUGUGCUAUGCCACCUACUACGAUUGCGAUCCAAUGAGCACUGGCUUGGCCGGACGUCGUGAUCAGUUGGUCCCCUUGUUGGUAAUGCGAGUGCUGGGAGUUGUGCCCGGUCUGCCAGGUCUCUUCGUAUCCGCUGUCUUCAGUGCUGCACUUAGCUCACUUUCGACGUUACUUAAUUCUUUGUCUGCCGUUAUUCUGGAGGACUUUGUGAAGCCACGCAUGAAGAAUAAGCCUAUGACGGAGCGCACAGUAGCCUUGACGAUGCGACUUGUUGUGGUCAUAUUUGGUAUUAGUUCCAUAUUUAUGGUGUAUGUAGUCGAGCAUUUGGGCAUGGUGCUGCAGCUGUCAGCAACACUUCAAUCGAGCUUGUAUGGACCCAUGUUGGGCAUCUUUACCGUGGGCAUGUUGAUGCCUUGGGUAGGCGAAAAGAGUAUGUUUUUCAGCAGCAUAAUAUCGUUUAGCAUCAUGGCUUGGAUUGCAGUCAAUGCACAGAUUGCCAAUUUUACUGGCACUUUCCGUCACACGAAGCUGCCAGUUUCUGUUGAGAAUUGCGACUAUGAAUUCGAUAUGAAUCGCUACCUCAAUUCGACUUCUGAAUAUGAGCCUCACAGCGGCACUUCGAUAUACCACAUGUCAUUCUUGAUGUAUACGAUGAUGGGCUCCUCUUUGAAUAUUAUAAUCUCAAACCUGGCCACAUUCAUUUUUGGCCGUCAGGAUGUGAAUUCGGUUGAUAUUGAGCUUCUGGCACCAUUUCUUCAACGUCGCUUCCGAAAGAACAAGGAAUACGAUGCAGUACCCAUGAAACAGCGACCAUUUGUAGAAGUUGAACAGUCACACUAAGGUCGAAAAAAUAUUGCAAGGCAUUUAAACCUUUCAAACUUUAAAUCUUUCAUUCUUCACAACUUGCUUAUAUUGUUCUUUAAUGCAUUUAUUAGUAUAAUGAAUGGAACAUUUAAGAAUACUUUAUCUAGGCACAAUAAUAUGGAAAUAAUUUAUUUAAAUAUUUUUGUGUAAUUUUGUCUAACAUGUUUUACACUGGCCAGUUUUAAAGGUUGAGGGAAAAAUGUAAACAGAGGCUUUUGUACUCUUUAAUUAAAUAUAAUAAUAAAUUUGUACAACAUUCAAUUUAUAAAAUCAUAAUAAUUUUGUCAUACUUAAAACACUUUGUCGA